CCACCUCCUUCCUCUUCAUCAAAAAACCUAAUCCACCACCUUGUGCUCAAUCACAAACACAAUAUAUAUACGUUUCCUUUUAUAUAUUACACACACAAUGUCAACCACUACCCAUAUGACCAUCCUCGGGAUGAUCUUCCUCCUCCUCGCCGCCUCAUGCAGAAGCGCUGCAGCGUUUAGCCUCUUUCUCGACGACCCUUGCACGGUGACGGAUUUUCCUGCACUGUGCAGAGGCACCAUUAAGGGUCAAAAGAAUGUGAACGCAGCUACUGAUGUGGCCAUAGCAGAGCUUAUGAAGAGGACGAGGCAUGCCAGAGAUAUCGCCAAGAAAGAGCUGAAAGUACUUGACGGAGGUGUUUCGACUUGUUUGUCUAACUUCAAUAGCGCGUUUGACAAUUUGGACAAGGCCCUUAAGAACAUUAAGGAAGGUGACCGUUUUAGCCUUAACAUUAACCUUAGUGCUGCGUUAACGGACUACGAUACUUGCAGCGAGACAAUGAAGGGAACUCCGGGGAAUAACGCCAUUUAUAAAUCCGCAGGGGUUUUGUACAAGAUGGCUGAUAAUUGUUUGGCUCUUUCUACCCUUUUUAAUUAAGCUAUGAUUUAUCAACGAAUAUUGUGGUUUCAGAGAGGAAAAAAAAAAGAUAAAUAUAUUG